AUGCCCGUCAUACCAGCUCAAAAGCUCAUUACUCUACAAAAGAAUCCCGCCAAUAUCCGCAACUUUUGUCUGCUUGCGCAUGUCGAUCAUGGCAAGACGACACUAGCUGAUAACCUCCUCGCAUCCAAUGGCAUCAUCAGUAGUAAACUCGCCGGUACAGUGCGGUAUCUCGAUAGUAGGGAGGAUGAAAUGGAACGUGGCAUUACCAUGAAAUCCUCCGCCAUCUCACUCUUCUUCCAACUCGUCAAUAAGAAUACAACAAACACACCGGAAGAGUAUCUCAUCAACCUCAUUGAUUCACCAGGUCAUGUUGAUUUCUCCUCUGAAGUCUCAACAGCCUCUCGCUUAUGUGAUGGUGCACUCGUCCUCGUCGAUGCAGUCGAAGGUGUCUGCUCACAAACCAUCGCCGUACUCCGCCAAGCCUGGGAUGAACGGAUAAAAACGGUCCUCGUCAUUAAUAAAGUCGAUCGACUCAUCACUGAACUCAAGCUUACCGCUCGAGAAGCACAUACACAUCUUGUACGGCUGGUUGAACAAAUCAAUGCCGUGAUGGGUUCCUUCUUUGCCGGUGAACGCAUGUCAUUAGCCUCUGAUACGAGUGUGGAGGAUGCGUUUGAUGAGAAGGAUGACGCGGAUAUCUACUUUGCACCGGAAAAGGGAAAUGUCAUUAUCGCCUCUGCCGUGGAUGGCUGGGCCUUUCGAGUAGAUCAAUUCGCUGCCUUGUAUGAGCAGAAACUCGGCAUCAAACGUGCCUUGCUCAAUAAAGUACUCUGGGGAGACUUUUACCUAGAUCCAAAGACAAAAAAGGUCUUGUCGCAAAAACAACUCAAAGGACGAAACCUCAAACCCAUGUUUGUGCAAUUCGUGCUUGACAACAUCUGGGCCGUAUAUGAUGCUUGCCUGCUCAAUCGGAAUCAAGAAAAGAUUGAAAAAAUCAUCCACGCACUCGGCUUAAAAGUUCUACCAAGAGACAUCAAGAGUAAAGAUUACGCAGGUCUCGUCAAGACAAUGAUGCAUGGUUGGCUACCACUUUCAUCAGCUAUUUUACUCUCUGUUGUGGCAUACCUGCCAUCACCCCUUGCAGGCCAACACGCUAGACUGCCUCAACUAUUUGAUGCACAGAGCCAUAAACAGGUCUCUCAGCAAAUCAAACAGAGCAUGCUGGCGUGUGAUUGCGCAGAGUCACAACCAACCGUCUGCUAUGUCAGUAAAAUGGUCGCUGUACCACGCACUGAUUUACCGCAAAAUCAACGACGUCAAUUGACAGCGGAUGAGAUGCGUGAAGCGGCACGGGUACGGCGUGAAGGCGGUGACACGAGUGGUACAUCCACACCGGCACAACAGGAAGAGCAAGUCACGGAAGAGACACCGCCGGAAUCAGAUGAUGUGUUGAUUGGAUUUAGCCGUAUCUACUCGGGUACUAUCAAGACUGGCGACACGCUAUACGUCUAUGGACCCAAGUACGAUCCUAGCAAACCAGAGAAACAUAUGGCAAAGGUCGUGAUUGAGCAGCUCUACCUCAUCAUGGGUCGUGAACUCAUCAAAUUGGACGCAGUCCCAGCCGGUAAUGUUUUCGGUAUCGCAGGCUUAGAAGGCAAAGUUCUGAAGAAUGGUACCCUCUGCAGCGUCAAUCCAGGCAUCAAUCUCGCUGGUGUCAGCAUGUCGAGUGCUCCCAUCGUCAGAAUUGCCCUGGAACCGGAGAAUCCUACAGACUUGCCAAAGUUGAUGGAAGGUCUACGGCUACUCAACCAAGCUGAUCCAUGCGUUGAAGUACACUUACAAGAAACUGGUGAGCAUGUCAUCUUGACUGCCGGUGAAUUACAUCUUGAGCGAUGCUUGAGAGAUCUUCGGGAGCGAUUUGCUAAAUGUGGCGUACAGGCUUCUGCGCCCAUUGUACCGUUCCGUGAGACUGCCGUGGAUCGAGAUUUGAGGCAACUUGGUAAGGACAAGCGCCGUGGAACAGUCACAACGCUUGUGGCAGAUGUCAUUCAAAUGACAUUGCGCACUAGACCGUUGCCGGAGAAUGUCACCCAGUUCUUGCUAGACAAAACGGCUGCCAUCAAACAACUACAGCUCAGUCAAGCAGGAAUCUUGAAUGCUGAACAAGCUGCAGAGCUCGAAGACGAUGAUGUGGAGGUCGACACUGCAUACACUGCAACAGAGUUCCACGACGCACUGCAACAAGCAUUUGAUGAAGCGGAAGAUGAUGGAGACUGGACGGGUGUGGUGGACCAGAUUUGUGCGUUUGGACCUCGACGGAUUGGUCCAAAUCUAUUGCUUGACGCAUCAGGGACGCUGAAACGCAUCUUUACUGAUUUAUCUGAAUCUAAACUUUCACAAAAUCCCGAAGACAAAGAAUCCUUCACUACCAGAGACUUUGAGGAUUACCUCGUCACUGGAUUCCAGCUUGCCAUGAAUCAUGGACCGUUGUGUGCCGAGCCUGUACAAGGCAUGCUUGUCUGUGUGGAACACUUUGCAAUCAAUGUGGCUGAGGGAGAAGAAGAUGCAUUCCGCUCGCGACUUUCACAGCUCUAUGGCCAACUCAUCUCUUCUGUGCGCGAUACCAUCAAACGAGGCUUCUUGGAAUGGUCACCAAGACUCAUGCUAGCCAUGUACUCCUGUGAUGUACAAGCCUCGAUGGAUGUACUAGGCAAAGUCUACGGCGUCAUUAGCAAACGGCGCGGCAAGAUUCGAGCAGAAGAAAUGAAGGAAGGCACACCCUUCUUCACCAUUCGAGCAACGUUACCUGUUGUUGAAUCUUUUGGCUUCUCUGACUAUAUCCGCAAGCAAACAUCUGGUGCAGCCUCACCACAGCUCAUCUUUAUUGGCUAUGAGAUUCUGGACGAGGAUCCAUUCUGGGUGCCUACAACAGAGGAUGAGAUUGAAGAGUUUGGUGCAAAGGGUGAUCGUGAAGUUGUCGCCAAGCGGUAUAUGGAUUCAGUCCGCAGACGCAAGGGCCUGUUUAAGGAGACUAAAAUUACAAAAGGAGCAGAGAAGCAGAGGACGUUGAAGCGGUAG